GUUUUUCCCGCUGUAGUUAUUUAUUACGAUUGUUGAAGUUAGUGUAACUGUUAAGAAAAGUGCUAAUUUCUCGCCGACCCUGAAGCAUGUUCACGUCCAAACUGCUCACUCUGGUUCUGGUGGUCCAGCCCGGCAAAGUUCUGCUGGGCAUGAAGAAAAGAGGCUUUGGUGCCGGCAAGUGGAAUGGAUUUGGUGGCAAAGUCCAACCAGGAGAAAAGAUUGAAGAUGCUGCAAGGAGAGAACUGCUAGAAGAAAGCGGCCUCACGGUGGAUCAUCUGGACAAGAUUGGAAACAUCAAAUUUGAAUUUGUGGGUGAAAGCGAGCUACUAGAUGUUCACAUCUUCAGAGCUGACAGUUACAAUGGAGAACCAACGGAAUCAGACGAGAUGAGACCUCAGUGGUUUCAAUGCGACAGCAUUCCUUUCAGUGAAAUGUGGCCUGAUGACAUCCUGUGGUUCCCCAUGAUGCUCCAGAAAAAGAAAUUUGUUGGUUAUUUCAAAUUCCAGGGUCAUGACUUGAUCCUCAGCCACACACUGCAGGAGGUGACGGAGUUUUAAAACCACACCAGAGA